AUGGGCGCCGGCGCUGCCAAGCAGCCGACAGCGCCCCUGCUGGACCGGCUCACAGGCCGAGAGCCCAUCCCAUCGGACGAUCGCUUCUGGCAGGAGCUGCUGGCGUCGGCCGUCUCUUUGCCCGCCGGCAGCUCUGUGGAGGACGUCACCGCCAUCUCGAGAGCGUACUGUGCGGAGCUGGUGCGGAACAACCCACGCAGCGGCAACUUUGGGGCGCUGGCGGCUGCGAUGGCCGAGCGGCUCGGCCGCGCCACAAGAUCGGCGGCGACCGACACUGAGAUGCAGCAGGCGUGCGGCGCCGUGUUCCUCCUCCGGACCUUCCUCAAGCACAUGCUCGAGACGCUCGAGCCGGAGGAC